GAUGGUGGUGGGAGGCAGCAGUGUGCUUGUCACACAGGGAAAUAAUCAUCAGCUCCCCAUCCAGGCUCAGCCCCUCUCCAGUGAUGGAGCCUCCUCCUCUCCAUUCAGCACACUCAGAUGCCUGUGUGCUCUGCUAGCAGCGCUCCUCUUCCCUGGGUACCCGGGCUGCCCUCUCUGGAGCCUGGCAUGGGCACACAAAUGGACAAUGCAGGAGGAUUACCGGAGGAGAUAGGACUGCACCCUGACAGCUCACCCUCCAGAGCAGAAUUCUCCCCAAAAAAUCUCCACAGGAUGUGAUUCUCGGCAUUAUGACUCUUCUUGGAGGGGAAAAUUCGGACUAUGACUACAGUGCGCUGAGUUGCGCCUCUGACGCUUCGUUCAACCAAAACUUCUUUACCGAGACUGAAUCCUUGAAAGGGAUAUUUUACAAAAGGGCUAAGCUCAUACAGCCAGGGGAGGACCUCUUUAAUAGCAUACACCCGGAGGACCGCAAGCACCAUGCCAUUAUUAAUGUCGGUGGCAUUAGGUAUCUGCUCCCAUGGACCACUUUGGAGGAGUUCCCGUUGACGCGGCUGGGACAGCUAAAGUUGUGCAACAACUUUGAUGAGAUCCUGAGCAUAUGUGAUGAUUAUGACGUUACUUGCAAUGAGUUUUUUUUCGAUCGGAACCCUGGAGCCUUCAGGACUAUUUUGACAUUCCUGCGUGUAGGAAAACUGCGUCUCUUGCGCGAGAUGUGCGCACUUUCCUUCCAGGAGGAGCUCCUCUAUUGGGGGAUUGAAGAGAACAGCCUGGAAUGGUGCUGUAAAAGACGGUAUAUUCAAAAGAUGGAAGAGUUUGCUGAGCUCAACCUCCAGGAGGAUGAGUUGAUUGAAAGUGAAAAUGUUUCUGAGCCAGAGGAUGAGAGCCGGUCAGACAAGUGCAUGCGUCAUCUCAGGGACAUGGUGGAGAAACCGCAGUCCGGACUUCCGGGGAAAAUCUUUGCUUGCUUGUCAGUCUUAUUUGUGACAAUCACAGCGGUGAAUCUCUCUAUCAGCACCAUGCCCGAGUUGAGGGAAGAAGAGGAAAAAGGGGAAUGCUCCACCAUGUGCUACAACAUCUUUAUUGUGGAGUCGGUCUGCGUGGGUUGGUUCUCUCUGGAAUUUGUCUUGCGCUUCAUCCAGGCGCCCAGUAAGUUUGCAUUCUUGCGGCAGCCACUGAACCUAAUAGACGUGGUGGCCAUCCUGCCCUACUAUAUCGCGCUGGUCGUGGACAACACUUCAGGGGGGCAGAAGAAAUCAGGAACUGGGAACAUCUACCUGGAUAAAGUGGGCCUUGUGCUGCGCAUACUUCGUGCCUUGAGGAUCCUGUAUGUCAUGCGUCUGGCUAGGCACUCCCUAGGGCUACAGACAUUGGGCCUCACUGCCCGCCGUUGCACCCGCGAGUUUGGCCUGCUGCUCCUCUUCCUAUGUGUAGCCAUUGCCCUUUUUGCCCCGCUGCUUUACUUGAUUGAGAACGAGAUGGCGGACUCGCAGGAGUUCACAAGCAUCCCUGCUUGCUAUUGGUGGGCUGUUAUCACCAUGACGACGGUAGGGUAUGGUGACAUGGUGCCUAGGAGCAUACCAGGCCAGGUAGUAGCCCUCAGCAGCAUCCUAAGUGGAAUUUUACUGAUGGCUUUCCCUGUGACCUCAAUCUUCCAUACUUUUUCCCGGUCCUACAUCGAGCUAAAGCAGGAACAAGAGAGACUCAUCUGCAGGAGGGCGCAGCUGCUGAUGAAGACCAAGUCGGAGCUAAUCAAUAACUUGCACGGAAGUGACAUACUUUUUGAGAGCAUGUCUUCUGAGUCAAAAGACAAUGACUGAGAGGGGGACAUGGCACUGGUAAAUGGGCUUGUCUGACCAUUGGGUAGAAUGGUCUCGUCUGCCUCCACCCUCCAAAAAAAAGUGCUACCCCCCAAUAAUAAUAAUACUGAGUAUUGCCAUACAUAUCCAGCUCACAUAAAUCAACUGGCCAAGUUAAAAAAUGGUUUUCCUCUAGUGCAGAACUGAUGGCGCAUUAGAAGUGUAAAUCUUUAGCAGAAACCCAUUCUCUAGAGACGGCAGGAAGAACAUCAGCAGAGUGAUCAUCCAACAGCCUUGAUGUAUGGGCUCCAGGGUAUUUUUGGAAAUGGGGUAUACUUUUUGGACACCAACUCUCAGAAUGUAGGGAUGAAAAUGAAGGCUUGUAAGGAAAAUCGGGAAGAUGUGAGUUAUCCACAAGCUCACACUCUUGCCGCGUACACACGGUCGGAAUUUCCGACAAGAAAAAUUUGAUGUGAGCUUUUGGUCGGAAAUUACGACCGUGU